AGGUCCUGCUCCAUUUCUUCCCCAUUUCAGAGAAUCGCGCGGACAUCAACAGAAAUUCUCUUUUUUAUUAUUCUCAACAAAUUUUCUCUGCAUCAAUUCAUUCCAUUUUUCUUAUUCCUUUCAUCCAUAGCAUCACAUUCAUAAAUAGCCAUACCGCUCUUUGAUCAUUCACUCAACACAAUUUCCGCGUUGAUUCCGAUUUAUCUGUUUCUCUUCGUCUUCUUCCUUAGGGAUUUCAUUUCAUUUUUUCGCUUUUCUUUCAUUUCCUGCUAACUCUACAAGGAGUUUGUGGUAAAAGAUAGGAACGGAGGUGAUGAUAGAUGAUAGUGGCUGAGGAGGGUUAGUUUUUGAGGUUUCACAUGGAUUCAGCGAGGAGUUGGCUUCAGAAGCUUCAGCCGCGGGACAAGCUGAGGGCUUCUUCUAGGAAGAAGAAUACGUUUGAUGAAAGUAAGGAUGAGGAGAUGUCGCCAGAAGAUGAGGAAGCUCUUUCCAACAUCACCAAGCAGAAAGUUGCUGCCGCCAAGCAGUAUAUUGAGAACCAUUACAAGGAGCAAAUGAAGAAUCUGCAGGAGAGGAAGGAGCGACGAACUACACUGGAAAAGAAGUUGGCUGAUGCUGAUGUGUCGGAGGAAGAUCAGAACAACCUACUUAAGUUUUUGGAGAAGAAAGAAACUGAAUACAUGCGCCUGCAGAGGCAUAAAAUGGGUGUCGAUGACUUUGAAUUACUAACAAUGAUUGGCAAGGGUGCAUUUGGGGAGGUUAGAGUUUGUAGGGAAAAGACAACAGAUCAUGUGUAUGCCAUGAAGAAACUAAAGAAAUCAGAGAUGCUUCGUAGAGGCCAAGUUGAGCAUGUGAGAGCUGAGAGGAAUUUGCUUGCAGAGGUUGACAGCAAUUGCAUUGUAAAACUUUAUUGCUCUUUUCAAGAUGAAGAGUUUCUGUACCUUAUCAUGGAAUACCUGCCUGGUGGGGAUAUGAUGACUUUACUUAUGAGAAAAGAUACCUUGACAGAAGAUGAAGCUAGAUUUUAUGUUGGAGAAACAGUUUUAGCUAUCGAAUCUAUCCAUAAGCACAAUUACAUCCACAGGGAUAUCAAGCCUGAUAACUUGCUACUUGAUAGAUAUGGACACUUGAGGCUGUCUGAUUUUGGACUAUGUAAACCAUUAGACUGCAGUACCAUCCAAGAAGGGGAUUUUUCAGUAGUGAACAACAGUGCUAAUGGGACUGGACCGAAUGAAGAAAGGCCAGAAGCUCCAAAGCGCACGCAACAGGAGCAACUACAACAUUGGCAGAAGAACAGAAGGAUGCUUGCUUAUUCCACUGUUGGUACACCUGACUAUAUCGCUCCAGAAGUUCUCCUGAAGAAAGGUUAUGGAAUGGAGUGUGAUUGGUGGUCACUUGGUGCUAUUAUGUACGAAAUGCUUGUGGGCUACCCACCUUUUUAUUCAGAUGAUCCUAUGUCAACCUGUAGGAAGAUAGUAAAUUGGAGAACUCAUUUGAAAUUUCCAGAAGAAGCAAAGUUAUCUCCAGAGGCAAAGGAUCUUAUUAGCAAACUCUUGUGUAAUGUCAGCGAGAGGUUGGGAACAAAAGGCGCAGCUGAAAUAAAGGCUCAUCCUUUUUUUAAUGGUAUCGAAUGGGAUAAGCUUUAUCUGAUGGAAGCUGCAUUUAUCCCGGAGGUCAAGGAUGAGCUAGAUACUCAAAAUUUUGAGAAGUUUGAAGAAUCUGAGAACCAGACUCAAGCUACUACAAAAAGCGGUCCAUGGAGAAAGAUGCUGUCAUCUAAAGAUCUCAAUUUUGUGGGCUACACAUAUAAGAACUUUGAAAUUGUGAAUGAUUAUCAAGUGCCUGGAAUGGCUGACUUGAAGAAGAAAAACAACAAACCAAAGAGGCCAUCAGUCAAGACGCUCUUUGAUGCAGAAUCAGAGACAUCGGAAUCAUCAGAUACUACUAGUGAACAAUCUGUUCAAGGGAGUUUUCUGAACCUCUUGCCUCCCAAACUAGAAGCAUCUGAAAAGAAGAAGGAUUCCUUGUAACCUUGCCAAUCUCUUUAUUACUGUCUGAUGAGGAGUCGCAUCAUGUUACCCAAACUCCAAUUUGACCUCCAAUGAUUAGGUUUGAAUUCUAAUGUUUCCAUAUUUGGAUACGUUUCUCUACUAACAGUUGCAAGUUUGAGAGGCUCAAUCUCUUAAGGCUAUAUGCAAGUGCUGGAUCUUGAAGCAAACUAUUUAGCUUUCACCCAGCUUGAGGAAUGGUUCCGCAAGUCUUCUAGUUCAUGAAGAUGAAAACAAAACGGGACAAAACGAAUAUACAAUAUACUUAAUUCAUUUACUGUCGAAAUGUAAUUUAUUUAUUUAUUUAUUAUUUACCGCAGGGUACAAAAUGUUGUACAAAAUAAACUACUUUUACCAUGUAUACGUGUACGUGUGCUCUUUUAAAUGGAGAUUCAAUAGACCUCUGAU